AAAAAGAACAUUUUUUGAAAUGUGUGUACUGAAUCGUUUAUUUCAGUCACACAUGGAUUUAGAUUUAGACUGCUUUCAAACAAGACUAUGCUGGUGUAAGUAGACUAUAAUUUUAAUCAAAAUGAGCUGGGCUGUGGAAGAGUGGAAGGAUGGUCUUUCUGGAAAAGCCCUUCAGAAGAUACAAGAAUUUGAGAGCCAGUUGGACAAACUAAAGAAGGAACGACAACAGAAACAGUUCCAGUUGGAAUCAUUGGAAGCAGCCCUUCAGAAACAGAAGCAGAAGUUUGACUCUGAAAAAAGUGAAGCCGCUGCUACCAAGAGGGAGAAUCAGUCAUUAGUUGAGUCAUGUGACAACCUGGAGAAGGCCAGGCUGAAACUUAGCCAUGAUUUCCAAGUCAAGGAGCAGCAGGUGAAUUUCCUGGAAGGUCAGCUGAACACCAGCAAGAAACAAAUUGAAAGACUGGAACAAGAGCUCAAAAAGUACAAAAAUGAACUGGAUAGGUCUCAGAGCUCCAAUAGCAGUGAGCUACAGCCAUACAGUACUCCGCAGAAGACCUUUGUUGCCCCUGCUACUCCAAGCUAUAGGCAACAUGAGUCAAGGUUGGAGGAGCUUCAGGAAAAAUACAGCCAUGAACUUGAGGAAAGGAAAAGACUAGAAGCUGAGCUCAAAGUCCUACAAGUCAAAUUGCUGAACCAGUCGUCCGUCAGUCACAAGGACAUUGCGCGGCAGCAGACUGGUUCCUCCAUAUUCCCAUGGCAACAGGAGCAGACACCCUCCAAAAGGAGAAACGCCGUGACCAGCACGAUGUGGAACGCAGAAGAAACCCCACUGCGGCAGAGCCAGCAGAGCUCGUUUAUGGCACAGGGAGACAGCACCGGAAACGUCCAGCAAGCGGAGCAGUUCAAGGCACUGAAUCAAGAUCUUAAAAUUAAGGUCACGGAGCUGGAGCACCGUCUUCAGGCACAGGAGAAGGACAUCAAGAAUCAGAUGAAUAAGUUUAAUGAGACCCAAAGUCAGCUGGACAAGACUAAAAAGGACCUUGCCGAGAAGGAGAGGGCCCUGACUAAGUCAAAGGAUGACUUGGCUAAAAUGACAACACAACAUGAGCAGGCUGUGGCAAAGUGUACAUCAGUGGAACAGAAAUUGAAGCAGGUGACUGAAGAGAUGAACUGCCAAAGGCACAACUCUGAUAGCACACGGCGGACCCUGGAGCAGAAGAUCAAAGACCAGGAGAAAGAGUCGCAAAAAGAACUUGCUCACCUGCAAAACUCCCAUCAAGCUUUGGAUCAGCAAUUCAAUCAAACAAAAACUAAAAUGAGCCAGGAGAUCCAGCAAGCGAAGAAAGAAUGCAACAUGUUGCAAUCGGAAGUUGAUAAGGUAACUGCACUGAAGAAUCGCUUGGAGAAAGAUCUGGAAGAAUUAAAACAGAGGCUCUUCAAAUCUGAGCAGGGACUCCAGGCUAGUCAAACAAAGGAAAUGGAGUUUAAGAAGAAAUGUGAUGAGAUGCAGAGAGAGCACAACAACCUUAGCAGUCAACUGCAACAAGGAACCAAAAGACUGAAUCAGCUUGAAGAAGAACGUAAAAGUAGUGAACAGAGCCUUAAGCAGAGCCGUAAUUUGGUGGAAGACUUAAAAGCCAAAACUGAAGCUCAGACUGAAGAACUGAAAGCCCUUAACAAAAAACUAGAGUGUCAAAGCCAGUCCAGUUCUCAAGACCUUGACAACCUUAAAAAAUCUCUCAGUGCUCUGGAGGCAAAGGACAAGUCAUGUCAAGAAGACUUAAACAAACAAAAGUUAGAAGUUGAGCAGCUACAGAAUAAACUUCAGGGACUAGAGAGAGAGAACCAUGAUCUUCAAAUGACCACAGAAGCAAAGCAAAAUGAAAUUGAGGAGGUCAAGCGGGAAUAUGAAAAGAUCGUAGAGUGGAAAAAUGAAAAGGGUAAUUUGAUUGAAAAUGUAGAAUCAGAUCGGAACACGAUGCAGAGCAAAAUUGAUGAAUUGGAAAAAACCUCAGUGACAUUGGAUGGUGCAAACAAAUGUCUCCAGCAGAAACUCCAAGAUCUAGACAGAGAGAAGCAGAAUCAGAUUGACUCCCUCAAAGGUGAGCUUCUCAACAAGUGCAUGGAACUUGAAGAGAAGAGUUGCAAGUAUGAUGAAAUGGUUCAGAAAUACAACGAGGCUGGUCAGAAGCAUGCUAAGGAAGCUGAGAAUACUAUGGUGCAGAUAAAAAUGCUCCAGGACCAAGUGAAGGAUCUGGAAAUGAAACUUCGAGUGGAGAAUAACAAGACUGAGAGGAUGGAACAGUCUUAUAGUGAACUGCUGGCACAGUAUGAAAGUGCCUGUGAUUUGGCCAAAUCUAAAGACUCCAUCAUCGAGCUUAAUCAAAAUGAAAUUGCCCACCUCCAGGAGAAUGCAUCACAUUCAAAUGCUGAGCAGGAGCAGCUAUUAGCAAGGUUUGAGGAGGAAAAGAGCACUCUGAUGAAGGAGUGUGAGGAGAACCUGGUUGCAAAAGCCAAUGAAGCAGAGCAAGCAAAGCUGAACUUGCUGAAAUGUGAACAGGACAUUCUGUUGUUGCAGGAUCAAGUCACCUCACUUGAAUCUGCACUGAAAUUCCAGAAAGGGUUGAGCACAGAAUUGCAGUCAAAACAUGCAGAUCUUCUUAAAGUAAACGAAGAUCUUACACAGAAGAUUUCUGAAGCUGAAAAGAGGGAGGAAGAGCUUUUGAAUGAGGUGAAAGCCCUGACUGAGCAGAUGAAGUCCCUUAGUGCCCUCCAAGAUCAAUGCACUGAAUUUGCUGCUGCUGCAGAAGAAAGCAAACUAGCAUUAGAGAAUCUACAAGAAACCCACAAACAAACUGUAGAGGAAUUACAGACUCAAAAGACAACAAUGGAGAAAUUUGAAAUUCAAAUCAGUGUGGUGGAAAAUGACAUAUCCAAUCUAGAGCGAGAAAAGGCUGAGUUGAUAGAGAACUUCAAAAGAGCAGAAACAGAAAAGGAUGAUCUGUCCGCAAUGUACCAGACCAUGUCAGAAGUUCACAAUGCUGUUUGCAAGGAAAAAGAAGAUCUACAAAAUCGUAUUUCAGAAAUAUCAGCUGAGCUUACAGAGAAAGUAGGAGUGCUUGAGACUCUAAAAAUUGACCUUCAGGCUUCAAAUUUGUUCUGUGUUGAGCUGAAGAGCAAUGUUGAAUCCCUUCAAAAACAGCAUGAUACUGUUGUAGAUCUAAUUUCAAAUUUGGAGAAGAGUUUGGAAGAGAAAAUUGACAGGAUUGGAUCACUGGAGGCAGAAAUUAAAGAACGCUCUGAAAAGUUCACAGAAGCAGCUGAAGCUCAUGUUGCUGAAUUGGAAAAACAUCUUCAAAAACACAAGAAUUUGAAGGAACAACUGCAUGUUGUUAAGACUCAGCUCCAGGAAAAAUGCCAGGAGGCUGCAGAAGUUGAGAACAAAAUUACCAGUUUGCUAUCUGAGAUGUCCAGGCUGAAGGAGGAUCUUGCAGUAAGUAACUCCAAGCUCAAGGAAGUCAGUGAGGCCAAUGUUCAGAUCAGUCAGGAGAUGUCAAGUUGUAAACAGUCUGCACAGGAACUGCUCCAGUCACAUGCACAAGAACUGGAGACAUUGAGAGUGUCUUUGGAUACAGCUAAGAGUAACGAAGAAAGCAAACAUUUUGAGAUUCAGAAACUUAAAGACCAGUUGCGCGAGGCAGAUAUGGAAAGGUCUAAGGCAUCUGAUGCACUGAAAGAGAAGAACAUAAGUAUGAACAAAAUCAAAGUCCAGCUUGAAAUGCUCCAGAUGGACUUGGAGGAUAACGAGGCCUGCAUUACUUCCUUUGACUCCCAGAUUGAGGAGCUUAAAGGCAGUGUUGGUGUUCUUGAGGAAAAGCUUGACAAAAGUGAAGCUCAAAGAUCCAACCUGGAAGUGGCACUGGACAGUGCUCAAGAGCAGCUAUCAACAAAAACCACUGAGAUCUUACAAUUGACUGCAAGCUUGGAAGAUAUCCACAAACAGCAACACAAUAAUUCAGUCUUGACCUCUGAAUUACAGUCUUUGCAAAUCGCAAAUGAAAAUCUCAAAAUGGCCUUGGAGGCAGAAGUAUGUAAACACACAAAUAUUGAGACAAUCCAUAACAGUCUGACUGAACAAAAACACAAAGUAGAAAAAGAUCUGCUGGAACUUCAAAAGGACUACCAGAAUGCUCUUGAGGAGUUAGAUUCAUUAAAGCAGAAGAAUGACUGUCUUCAAGAACUGCAGUCUCAAGUGGUAGAACAGAAGUCACUUAUUGAACAGCUUAGAGAGAAUAAGAACCAAGAUCGGUCACUGAAUUCUGACGAUGCAAUCCAACAGCAGUAUGCUGAGGAAGAAAACAAUGUGGCCCAGCAAUCUGAGAAUUUGGAGACCAGCAUUCCUAUUGAGGACAGUUUCCCCACACUGAUCAGUUCAACUCAUGAGAAUUCAGAAUCUAAAGCUCUUGAAAGAUCUGAGUCAGGGAGUGAAGAGGAUGGUCAUAGACCAGUUGAAGAACAGUUGCAGCUAAAGUCACGAGAGCUAGAGGAACUCUCCAAUGCCUUUGAAGAGGCUGUCCGAACCCUUGAGGAACAAAGAGAGGUUCAGCUGGAACAGCUCAGAUGUCAGCAUACUGCUGAACUAAAGAACUUGGAACAAAAAAUGGAUAGUGUCAAGCUUGACCUGGAGGCAAAACUUGUAGACGAAAGGCAGCACACUGAGAUGUUGUCCUCACAGCUAGAGGUGGCCAGACAACAAAUGGAAGAACUAAACCUCACCUCACAGUCUCUGCUUCCAGAUGACCACCAGGGCAAUGUCUCACAGACAGCCACAGCAGAUUCCUCUCCAGCAGAGAUGAAAGAGGAAUGUCCUAAGGAGGAAGAGUUUGAUGAUGGUGAAUUCUUUGAUGCCCCAGGUUCUCUGGAUGAAUCCACCACUCCAGAGACAGUGAAUGAUGAUGCUGGAAAACCCUUGACUGACUACGUUUCAGAUAACCCUAAAGAACAAGAAAUCUCACCGAUGGAACUACAGGCAAAUCAGGACACAAUUAAAAGGCAAGAGGGCAAUCUGCAGGAGCUGCACGCUCAAUAUGAACUUUUAACCACUGAGAUGGCUAUGCGAAAAGAUUUGUGUAAGGAGAUGGAGAACAAAGUCCAUGAAUUGGCUAAGGAGAAUUCAGAAUCCCUUGAUAAGUUGGCCUCUGUCAUUGGGGAGAAACAGGUGCUUAAGUCUCAGGUUGAGGCAAUGACUGAAGAGAUCAGCUCGUUGACGCUGCAGCUACAAACCUCAAAUUCUCAACUCUCAGAUGUACUUGAGAUGCUGGAGAACUUAGAACACGCUAAAGGUGGCUGGGAUGAGAAAUUCCUCCAGAUUGAGAGUGAACUGAAAAGAACCAGAUCGGAGAAGGCCAACUUGGAGAAACACAUUUUGUCCAUGGAGGUUGAUCUUGAGAGCAUGCAGGAGCAGAUGCAGAAGUUAGAGACUGAACUUGAGUUGAGCAGAAAAGCUAACAUUUCUCUUGAACAAGAACUGAAUAAAGCAGUGACUGAAAGAGGGCAGCUGAAGCAAGAGCUCUUUUCAUGUUCAGAGGAGAGGGAGAGUGAAAGUCAGUCCCUAAUGAAGUUGAAGGAAAAGGCUGACAUUUUGGAAAAGAACAAUCUUGAUGCAAGAGAAUUGAUAAAAAUACUUGAAGAGGACAUUCAUACAGGAAAGAAACAGUUAGAGGAGGCUUCCAACAAAAUUGAUAUCCUUGUCAAAGAAAAAGAACAAUUGUUAGAAGAAGUGCAGUUAAUAGAGCAAAAUAUUGCAACCCUCAAAGAAGAGAAAACUGAAAUGGUUACAGAAUUUAGGCAGCUAAAAGAUGGAGAGAACACUGUUCUUAGAGAAACUGAGAGCAUGGUAUCAAAAAUUGAUUACUUGCAGGAACAGAACGCCAAACUUUCUCAGUCACUCGAGUCUUCCCUCUUGGAGAAAGGGGAGAUUGCCUCACGAUUGAACUCCACUCAAGAAGAGGUGGCCCAAAUGAGAACUGGAAUUGAGAAACUGAAGGUUCGCAUCGAGUCGGAUGAACGGAAGAAGAACCACAUGAGUCAGCUCCUGAAAGCUGCCCAGAGGAAGGCUGACACACUGCAGGACAACAUUGAAAAGCUUGAGAGAGAAAGUGAGAUUUCUGAACAGAACCUUGAGGAAGCAGUCCUGCAGGCAGAAACUGCUAAAGCAGAACUUGAAGAGCUUGAAGCUGAGAAGGCAGCUCUUUCUGCGGAAAUCGAUGAAAUGGCCAAGGAACUGAGCAACCUUCAAGAAGAGAAGGACAGACUUGAAAAGGAGCUCCUCCAAAGAAUUGAAGAAAUGAAGGCUUCCAUGCAGGAAGUGUCCCAGAAGCUUGUUAGUGCUGAACAAGCCAAUAAAGAUGCAGAGGUCAACCAGGAGACUGUUGUUGGUGAGCUCCAGUCCAGACUUGGUGCCACUGAGGGCGAACUUCAGACCUGCAGAAAUGAGCUUGAAACCACACAGCUCAAAGAACAAGAUGCAACCCGUCAACUUUUGUCUUUACAAACAGCAAACGAGGAACUUGAGCAGAGACUUCAGAAUGCUGAAGAGCUACAGGCCAGCCUACAGUCAGUGAACCAAUCUCUCCAGAAUGAUUUGGCAUUCAGACAACAGGAGAUUAGCGAGAGGGAAGAGGAGAAAGAAAAGCUGAGCUCUCAACUUGCUGAGUUGCGGGGGCUGGUGGAUGAGCGGCUACAGUGGGAAGAAGCAAGGGAGCAUCUGAAGGCUGUCGCCGUAGAGUGGGAGGAGAAGGUACAGGCGGAGUCCACUAAAAACGAAACGCUGCGGAUCAAUGCUACUUCCCUCCAAAGCAAUGUUGAGCGACUGGAAACCCAACUAGAAGCUGCAAAGGUGAUGAAUACAGAGCUCACUGAAAAGAUGAAUGCAUUACAAGAAAGCAACUUGAAUCUUCAGAACCAACUUGAGAAUGCAGGCAGUGCAGCGAAAGAUGUUUUUCAGCAAAACCUAAACUCACUCAACAUUCAACUUCAAGAGAGUCAGAAGGAAGCACUGAACUAUAAACUAUCUUUAGAAACAUUGGCAGGGGAGAAGGAGGAACUGGCAAAAAACCUGGCGGGAAUACAGGAAACUCUUGUUGAAAUGAAGGAGAGGCAAAUCAGACAGGAAGAUGCCCUGAAACAGGCUCAGCAACAGCACGUGGAGGAGCUGAGGGCCGCGAGGGAGGAGAUGGCGGCAGCCGAGAGCAAGGCCACAGAGCUCUUAUCUGACACCAGCAGCCUGCGGGCCAGGGAGCAGGAGCUGACAUCUGCCCUAGCAGCGCUGCAGAGUCAACAUGACCUGUGCAAACCCACCCAGGAUGAGCUGAACUCAAAAAUAGCUAAGCUGUCCAAUGAGAGGGACGGCAUCCUCAGCAAGAUGAACCUGUGGAUGAAGUCGUGCAAGCAGCUUGAGAGCGAGAAGCAAGCCCUGGUGGAGGAGAACCAGAGACAGGGAGAGGUCAUCACAGGCCUGAAGGGCUCACCGAAACAAGUUGACAGUGACUGCAGUGAUGAAGACCUGAAGGCUGAGCUGGACGAGCUGAAGGAGGCUCUGGAGGAGAAGACCAAGGAGGCAGACGAGAGCAUGGACCGCUACUGCAGCCUGAUGGUCAAAGUGCACAAGCUGGAGGAGGCCAAUGAGAGCCUCCAGAACAAGCUCAAGCAGCUCACCAGCAAGGCCAGGAAGUUUACAUCAGCCAGUGCCACCCAAUCAGAAGCCAGUAAGAGCAGCGACACAGAGAACACCAUGCCCACUGGCAGAAAGGACCCGGAUGGACAAGCCUCGGCCAAGAGGCCCAGGGCGCUGGCCGAAACCCCGAUCAAGGCCCAGGAGGCCCUGGAGAAUCUCGCCAAGAGACUGAGGGCAGGAGUGACACCCCAGCCUCGCCUGGAGGAGGAGCCGUUUAGCCCUGAGGGACUGCCCGACCGUGUAAUGAAAGGCUUUGCUGACAUCCCCAAGGGUGAGAUGAGUCCCUUCAUCAUGCGCCGGACAGCAGUGCAGAGGUGCAGCCCGCGGCUGGCUGCCCGGAGGUCUCCGGCCGACCCCUCCACAUGUGGCCCAAAACAGCCAGCAGAGGACAGCAGUUCGCAAGAAACUGGAGGCGUCUCCAGCAUCCUGUCCUCAGUGACCAACAGUCCCAGGCCCAGGGGACCGGAGAGCCCUGUGGUCAGCGCAGACCAGAAGAAGACCAGACGCUCCAGCAGCUCCCGCAGAGCCUCCAGCCAGCACAGCGAACACCGACCACCAGCCACCUCUGCCAGGCAGGAUGAGAACUGCCACGUGCAGUAAUGUGCUGAUCGCUGAUCUUUUGUACAUGGGUGUGUGUUGGUCACAUUCAUAUCAUACUUUAACUCAUCUCAUUCACUCAAGUUUUUACACUCCAUGAUGAGGUUUAUAAUUACUCACCCUUGUUGAUCUUUCACCUUUCAGUAAAAAUGUAUGUGUUUGUCCGUCCUUUCUAAACCUGUUGAUGUUACAAACAUUGACUAGAUGAACAUAAUUAUUAGACACUGCUUUGUACAGAUAGAUGAUGCUCUAAUUAAAUUUUGUAGAUUUGUUCAAUUUUGUACAUCUUUUUUUUUAAGUAAACAUGUUAAUGAUUUUCAUCAAAA